AUGCACACAAGAUCACAGGGUACACCGCCGUUCGGAUUACUCUGUUAUCAAAGAAAGAGAGGGUCGAGAGGUCCAGAGAUUGAGAUUUAUCCUGGUUAUCAAAGUCCUGUUAGAGAGAAUCCGGUAUUCAGCUCAUGUUCAGAAAGUAAUAGUUGGAUAGAAUCAGAAGCAGAAUCGAUGGCUAGGAAUGAGUACAAUGAUGCCCCACCACCUGUGGGAAGUUUGGUGAAUGGGGGAAAUCUUUUCCAUGGUCAUGAUGAUGAAGAUCCAAUGAGCCAUUUGAAUGCCUUCUAUGAGUUGACAAACUCUCACAGACCGCCAAAUGUGGAGCAUCAUCGGAUCAAGAGGGCUUUGUUCCCUUUCUCAUUGAGAGAGAAAGCAAGGGAAUGGUAUGACUCACUGCCGGACUACAACAUUGCAACUUUUGAAGAGUUGAAGUCGAAGUUUCUCUUGGAGUACAAUUCUCCAAUGAAGAUAGAAAAGUUGAGGGAAGAAAUCACUUCAUUCUGGCAAAAAUAUGAUGAGUCAUUUGCCGAAGCUUUGAAGAGAUUUACAGAUUUGUUAAGGAAAUGCCCAAGCCAUGGACUAGCUCCGAGGCAUGAUCUCUUGAGCUUAAGCGGGAACUUGGACGAUUUGACCCAUGAUGAAGUGAGAGCGCACUUUCAGAGAUUGGCGAACAAUCAGAGGAAUUGGCAUAAUCCAAGGGAGGUGACCGUAGGAAAUACAUUUGGUGCUACCAAGGAAUCUGAAAGAGUUUCAGCUAUAGAGGCUCAAAUGGUUGAUUUUAGUACUCAAAUAUCUUCAAUGACAAAAGUUGUGAAAUCCUUGCAAUUGACUCCUCAACCCCAAGCUGCACCUGCGAUGAAGUGUGGAGUAUGCCAAGGAGGACAUUAUACAGAUCAAUGUCCAAGUUUGCAAGGAGCACCAGUGGAGGAUGUAAAUUAUAUUGGUAACCGUCAAGGUUUUAACCAAGGAAAUCAAUGGAUGAGCAAUAUCCAACCUUCGGGGUAUGAGAAGAAGUUAUCUAGUGAUGAUCAAGUUGCACAGAUCUACUCCUUCAUGACAAAGAAUCAAAAGGAGAAUGACCAGUUUAAAGAAAAAGUGAAUGAGAAGUUUGGCCAUAUAGAUGCUAUAAUGAAGAAUUUAGAGAAGAUGAUAGCCCAAAUUGCAUCAGCUGCGCAAACAAGGACUCAAGGAUAUAUCCCAAGUACCACAGUCACAAAUCCAAAUGUUAAUGAGCAAUGUAAAGUGGUUACUCUUAGAAGUGGAAAGAAUUUAGAUUCUAUUCCGGCAUCUCACACACAGGGGCGGAUGAGACUAUCAGUUGAAGAAAAAGGAAAGAAGAUAGAAGAAGCAAACAUGAGUUCAGAGAAGAAGGUUACUUUAAGUCCAGCACAAGAUCCCAAGAGCAUGUUCAAUUUCCCCGAUCACAUUCCACCUCUACUGUAUCCACCAAAGAGGAGGAAGAGAGUUCCCAAAGAGAAGAGCUUCGAAUGGAUGAUGAAUGUGAUUAGGAAGGUAAAUGUGGAUGUCUCUUUGGUUGAUCUCUUUACCAAUUUCCCUAAAUUCUCCAAGUUUUUCAAAGAUAUGAUAGCGAACAAGGAGAAGCUUUAA